UAGGUGUUGACGCCUUUUUAAAGCCUUACCGAUUAAAGUUAUUUACUCAAAGAGUUACCGUUUUAAAAUUGAUUUAAAAAUGUUAAUAAAUGAACUUCCAGAUGAUUGUUUGUUGGCUAUUCUUGAUUACAUACAAGAUUUUGAAGAUCUAAUAAACUGCUUCAAAGUUUGCGAAAAAUGGAGUAAUUUGAUUGCUGAUCGGACUAAAAAAGUUAAAUAUUUUAUUGGCCGACCAAAAUAUUUGCCUGAUUCUGUUUCUCAACAAUCAAAUAAGCCAAUCGAUGUAGCAUUUUUGAGCAAAUGGUUUCCAAAUUUAAGGUUUAUCGAAUUUUCACGCCCAUUUUUUGAAAAAACACGAAAGAAAAAUAACGUUGAACUAUCCACAGACGCACCGAUUGACGCAGACGAUUUAGCCAGAGCGUUUCAAAAUAUUAUGGCCGACUUAAAGUCAAACUUAAACUUAUCUCUAGCUCAGGAAAAAUCACCAAUCGAAAAACUUUUAAGUGACUCAGAAUCUUUGAAAGGAAUAAUCUGUGGGGAAUAUUUUAAUUUCAAAUCGAUUCAAUUCGAACCGCAAAAAGCUAACCUCGAAAUGCUAACUCUCGGAUACAUUAAUCCAAACAGAAUUGUAAGCAAUGAAACUGUGAAACAAUUGAACCUUUGGGACUCUACUCUAGAUGCAUUCAAAAAAGUGGCCCAUUAUUUUCCGAAUCUUGAAAGGCUGAAAAUUUCUAAUUCUAAAAACAAAACAGAUUUUUACUUUAAUGGUCCAGUUAUGCAAAAUCUUAAGAUAGUUGAACUGUCUGGGUCUUCUCGUCGUUCGCAUUAUAUAUUUUGUAACUCGUUUGUAUUCAUGGAUUCGUGCCCAGCAUUACAGAGUGCUCAUAUCAAAAUUGAGCGCGGUCCCAUUGCCACCAUUUAUUCAGUAAAAAAUGCAAACUUACAAGAUUUGGUUAUACAAUUAGUGAAUCAACCAAAUUAUUUGCCUGAUUCAGUUUGUCAUCAAACAGAUGAGCCAAUCGAUGUAACAUUUUUAAGCAAAUGGCUUCCAAAUUUAAGGUUUGCCGAUCUUUUAUACACACGCAAUGGGGAAACACCAAUCGAAGAUAUUAUCAAACUAAUUAGAGACUCAGAAUCGCUGAAAGGAAUAAUCUAUGGUCAUCAUUACUGUAUGGAAUCCUGCCUCGAUUUCGAAUCGAUACCAGAAAACCCUAAUCUCGAAAUGUUAUCUACUGGAUACAUUGAUAUAAACAUAAGGGAAAUCAAUGAAAAUAUGAAACAAUUGUACCUCUGGGACUCUACUAUAGAUCUAUUUGAAGAAGUCGCACAUCAUUUACCAAAUCUUGAACGGCUGAAAAUUUACAAUGGCGAAGGUAACUUCAUUUAA